AUGAAGUUCAUCUCAUCAUUGCUCGCUUCGGCCCUCUGUUUGGGCUACGGCGCCCAUGCGGCCGACACCCAAUCAUGGAAGUCUCGCAACAUCUAUUUUGCCCUGACAGACCGCAUCGCUAGAAGCAACUCGGACACUGGCGGCAGUUCCUGUGGCAAUCUUGGGAACUACUGUGGUGGAACGUUCCAGGGCCUCCAGUCCAAGCUUGACUACAUCAAGGGCAUGGGCUUUGAUGCCAUCUGGAUAACACCCGUCGUGGAGAACACUGAUGGUGGCUACCAUGGAUACUGGGCCAAGGACCUGUACUCCGUCAAUUCCAAGUACGGAACUGCGGAUGACUUGAAGAACUUGGUCAACGCAGCGCAUAGCAAGGGCAUCUACAUGAUGGUUGACGUUGUUGCCAAUCACAUGGGCAGCGGCGACAUCAGCACAUACAAGCCCGCGCCGCUCAACCAGGCGAGCGCCUACCACGCCUCGUGUGAUAUCAACUACAACGACCAGAACAGCAUUGAGCAGUGCAGGAUUUCCGGUCUUCCGGAUAUCAACACGGAGGAUAACUCGGUGAAAGCGGCUUUGAACGAGUGGGUGAAAUGGCUUGUCAAGGAGUACAACUUCGACGGCGUCCGCAUCGACACUGUCAAGCACGUAUCGAAGAGUUUCUGGCCCGAUUUUGCCUGGUCCUCUGGGGUAUACACCAUUGGCGAAGUCUUCGAUGGCAACCCCGACUACCUGGCCGGGUAUGACAACCUCAUGGGAGGUCUCCUCAACUAUGCCGUCUACUACCCCAUGAACCGGUUCUACCAGCAGGAGGGAUCCUCGAAGGACCUUGCCAACAUGAUCGACACGGUCAGUGCCAAGUUUUCCGAUCCGACAACCCUGGGAACCUUCCUUGACAACCAUGACAACCCUCGAUGGCUCAACAAGAAGAACGACGUCACCCUGUUCAAGAACGCAUUGGCCUUCGUCAUCCUCGCUCGUGGCAUUCCCAUUGUCUACUACGGCAGCGAGCAGGGCUACGGUGGUGGUGCCGAUCCACAGAACCGGGAGGACCUUUGGCGCAGCGGCUUCAACACCAACGCGGACCUGUACGGCGCCAUCUCGCGCCUCUCUGCCGCGCGAUCAGCACACGGCGGUCUCCCCAACAACGACCACGUCCACCUUAACACCGAAGACGGAAUAUACGCCUGGAGCCGAGCGGGCGGCAAUCUCGUCGUCUUCACUUCCAACCGCGGCUCCAGCCUUAACGGGCAGUAUUGCUUCAGCACUGGCCGUGCGAAUGGAUCGUGGAACGAUGUUUUUGGCAGCGGGUCCUAUACUUCGGAUGGUAAUGGCAGGGUCUGCGUCAAUGUGAACAACGGCCAGCCUGUGGUACUUAGCGCUAAAUAG